AUAAAAUACCCUUGCCCGUCAAACUUAAAUAUCUGGUGAAAUAUGGGCUCUAUGUUGUUUGUUACCUUAGCAAUCCAGAUUCUAAGGGGUAUUAUAUUAAGUAUAAACUACACCGCAGACGGAAACUUAGCGACUGAGAGGAUAAGGUACAUUUUACGAGAUGCUAAUUAUGGGUGAGCUUUGCGUAGAACACAUAUAGCCGGAGCCUCUUUAUUUUUUGCUUUAAUUUAUAUCCACGUAGGACGUGGCGUCUACUAUGGGAGGUAUAUAAAACUUCCACAUGUUUGAUAUAGGGGAGUUACUCUUUACCUUUUGUCUAUGGGGGUGGGAUUUUUAGGGUACGUAUUACCGUGAGGCGUGAUGUCAUACUGGGGACUAACCGUCAUUACUAACAUGAUGACAGUGUUUCCCGGAGGUGCCCGAGCCUUAGAAUGAUUUCAAGGAGGAUUCACCAUCUCAACUUUUACGCUUAAGCGAGUAUUUGUGCUGCACUUUUUACUCCCAUUUGUAAUCCUAGGUAUGAGGGUAGCCCAUGUUUUGCUUCUCCAUAAUAACGGGUCUAGAAAUCCUUUGGGAUUGGACACUACAGAGUUGGUUGUACCUUUUCACCCUUACUACACCUCAAAAGAUUUGGUAGGUUUCGUAUUCAUGUUAGCGGGUUUAGCUGCACUAGCAUUUACUUUUCCCAAAAUUACUGCUGAUCCCCUCCAAUGACAAACUAUCAAUAAAAUAAAAACUCCUGCAGUCAUUAAACCGGAGUGAUAUUUUCUAUAUGCAUAUGCUAUUUUGCGUUCUGUUCCGCAUAAAGCAGGAGGUCUUGCUCUUAUGUUCGCAGCUAUUUUAGGGAUUGCGCUACUGCCAACUUUGGGAAAAUACGCUAAGACUCAAAGAAUAGUAAUAUCCCCUCUUGGUGAGGCGUUAUUUUUUAUUUGAGUGGCAAAUUUUAUAUUUCUAGGAAUUAUUGGUUCACAGGAGCCUGCAGGAGCAUGAAUUUUAGCUGGACAAGUGGGGACAUUUGUUCAUCUUUUCUGCAUGCUUUCUAUUCCGGCAGCAAAUGCGAAGUGGGAAAAAAUAUUGUUCAAUGGUUAUGGACGAUGGAUCCAAAUUUAA